AUGCCCAACAAACGAUUCCCCAUGCACACCCAUGGAUAUCUCUACUACCAUCUCGCGCCCAACGCCCCCGCCCUCUCCGGGCAGGUGCGAUUCCGCAUCACACCGACCAACGAUCCCGCGCUGUUCUCCUCCGGCGAGGACCUCCUCGGUACCGAUCAUUUCCCAUGGAGGCUCCCGCUCAUCUCAUUAGCAACUCGAAAAAACUACGCAGGGCUGUUCCGCCGCCUCCGCGACGACGGGCUCCUGUCCGAGCAUGUCGUGCGCGCCAUCUCGAGCCUGCCGCCUGGCACCGCCCAGCUCAACGCAUGCUUCUCGCGCAUAGUCCACGCGCUCGGCCAGCCGUUCCUGCUCGUCUUUGGCCAGACCCGCCAGUCCUUCUACUUUAUAGGCAUCGACACCGUCCUGCGGGAAGACUUCGUGUCCGUGGCCAGCAAGAAGGACACUGCGACUCGCCCCAUAUGUGCCCCUACGGUCAGAGGGUCCGCGCUGUGCCGCUUUGAGAAGUCGGUGCGCCCCGAGCACGCAGGGCGCCGUGUGGUGGUCUGCCGCGUCGUCCGCAUUGUAGGCCGUUUGGAGCGCACGGAGUUCUGCAACGUCCCGGAGAAUCUCAUGCCGCGCGAAGGAGAGUUGUUAAGACCCCCGAUAAUGGGCGCCGGCUCGGACUUGGGCGACGGGGAGUGGGCGUUCGACGUAGACCGCCACCUUUCGUUGGGACCAGACGCGCUCCGCAGGCCGCUCGCGGCCGGUCUCGAUCUCCUGUACGACAACGAGGCGCGUGGGGGAGGGCCUGUGGGCUGGUGA